AUGACGAAGAAGAGAAGGAAUGGAGGACGCAACAAGCACGGACGUGGCCACGUCCCCUUUGUGCGCUGCGCGAACUGCGCCCGUGCCGUCCCCAAGGACAAGGCCAUCAAGCGCUUCACCGUGCGCAACAUCGUCGAGGCUGCGGCGGUGCGUGACCUGAGCGAGGCCAGUGUGUACGACGAGUACGUGCUGCCGAAGCUCUACAUCAAGGUGGCGUACUGCGUUUCGUGCGCUAUCCACGCCAAGAUCGUGCGUGUGCGCUCGGUCGAGGGUCGCCGCAACCGCGCGCCCCCGCGCCUGCGCUUCAACCGCGACAACCGCAAGCCGAACGCGGCGGCGGCGCAGGCGGCCGGUGGCGCCCGUGCCUAA